UCAGCCUUGCAAAUGCCUUUGCUUCUCUCCUGGUCUUUUGGGGUGUCUCCUGUCUGGGACCACAGACAGGACAGAGGGCCUAGACGAAGCCUGGUGGGCGCUGAGCAGAGGGGAUCAUCUCUGCCUGCCCUGGCUAGGGAAGAAUGAUGGGAGAAAUCCCCAAGAUCCCUGAGUCAAAUGCUGCCUUUGACCUCCCAUGGUAGGUCAUAGCAAUGAACAGAUUAGAACAGAAUAGAAUCAAAGAGGAUAGAGCAGAACAAAAGAGGACAGAAUAGAACAGUUCUGUUUGAAGGGACUUACAAAAAUCAUCUAACAACUAGCUUCAGAAAGGUUACUAGUUGCAGAAGGCUUGCAUCAAAAAGGGCAUCAGAAUGUCUAGUUUCACCUUUUCCAGUUUCUGCAUUAUUGAAUCUCCCCAGCCACCUCUGCUGGUAGAAACGGUAGGAGCAUGGCAGAGGGACUGUGCCACAGGUGCUUACUCCAAGUUGCACAGGCAGCUGAGAGAGAACAGAGAGGGACAUGUACUCAUUUUGCUGGGAAGCAGCUCUAGAGGCACUCGAGUGCAAGCACUGGAAGCACUGCAGACGUGCUCUCUCGAGUUAGGUACAAUCUGUGGGGAUGUGGAAAGCAUCUCCCAGGCAGCACGCUCCCCCUUCUUGCAGUACACACACAGCUGUGUGUGGGGGUCGCUAGCUUUUGCUUCUGACCAAGAAAAGACUCAGAGUGCCUGGGAAUGUGAGUCCCAAGCAAAGUAACCAGCCUCUUUGUGUUUGAAUUUAAUGACCCAGCACUGAGCUGAUUUGGCUCCUGGGGACUGUAGAAGCACACAAGCAAAUGCACUUCUCUCUACUGGUGGGAAGCUGGUUUGAUGCCGUAUUACUGUAAUUGCCAAAUACAUCAGUCAUUGCAGGCUGUCUACAAGACUUCAUCCUCUUCCAUCCUCUGCUCAGGAAGGAUAGCCAGCUUAUUUUGACAAUGCUCACAGAAAAGUGCUUGGCGUUUGUUUAUUCUGGACUAUGUCUCUGGGCAUCUUUGUUCCUGUCUUUCUUUAAAGUCUCUCAGCAGGGCGAAAGCCAGAGAUGCUUGUACAGAGAACUGCUGAGAAACUACAAUCGUCUUGAAAGACCAGUAGUGAAUGACUCCCAACCCCUUGUAGUCGAGCUCCAGCUUUCUUUGCUGCAGAUAAUUGACGUGGAUGAGAAGAAUCAGGUGUUGAUCACAAAUGCUUGGCUGCAGAUGUACUGGGUUGAUGUUUACUUGUCUUGGGAUCAGUAUGAAUACCCAGGGGUGCAGAACUUGCGAUUUCCAGCCGACCAGAUUUGGGUACCAGACAUUCUUCUGUAUAACAGUGCGGAUGAAAGAUUUGAUGCGACAUUUCACACAAAUGUGCUGGUGAAUUACUCUGGAUCCUGCCAAUAUAUUCCCCCAGGCAUUUUGAAGAGCACAUGUUACAUUGAUGUCCGCUGGUUCCCCUUUGAUGUGCAGAAGUGUGAUCUGAAGUUUGGCUCCUGGACUCACAGUGGCUGGUUGAUUGAUCUGCAGAUGCUCGAGGCAGAUAUUUCCAACUACAUCUCAAAUGGAGAAUGGGAUUUAGUGGGUGUCCCAGGCAAGAGGAAUGAGAUGUACUAUGAAUGCUGUAAGGAACCAUAUCCAGACGUGACAUACACCAUCACCAUGCGCCGACGCACACUCUACUAUGGCUUGAACCUACUCAUUCCCUGUGUUCUCAUAUCUGGCUUGGCACUGCUUGUUUUCCUUUUGCCAGCUGAUUCAGGGGAGAAGAUUUCUUUAGGUAUCACUGUCCUGCUUUCCCUGACUGUUUUCAUGCUGCUUGUGGCUGAGAUCAUGCCUGCAACUUCUGACUCAGUCCCACUAAUAGCUCAGUAUUUUGCUAGCAUCAUGGUCAUUGUUGGACUGUCUGUGGUGAUAACAGUGCUGGUUCUGCAGUUUCACCAUCAUGACCCACAAGCAGGAAAGAUGCCCAAAUGGGUCCGUGUCAUCCUGCUGAAUUGGUGUGCUUGGUUUUUACGAAUGAAAAAACCCGGGGAAAGUAUAAAGCCCCUCUCUUGCAAAUAUAGCUGUCCCAAGCACCAUCUGAGCAUAAGCAGCAUGGAGAUGAAUGUCCUACCUGGCCACCAGUCCAGCAAUGGCAACACGAUCUAUAGCUACCAUGCGAUGGAUAAUCCACGCUGCCCCCAAAAGAAUGAUCUGGGUAGCAACAGUGGGAAGAUUACUUGUUCCUUACCGGAAGAUAUUGACCUUGUUCAAAAGAAAGCUUUAACAGGUACUAUUCCAGUGAUUGUGAAGAUUCUGGAGGAAGUUCAGUUCAUAGCAAUGCGCUUCAGGAAACAAGGUGAGGGUGAAGAGAUCUGCAGUGAGUGGAAGUUUGCAGCUGCUGUCAUAGACAGAUUAUGCCUGGUUGCAUUUACCCUUUUUGCCAUCACUUGCACAUUUACAAUACUCAUGUCUGCUCCAAAUUUUAUAGAGGCUGUUUCAAAGGAUUUUGCAUAAAGAUUUCAGAUGAGCAUGAUCACUUAGAAGUUGAUAUGCCAGUAAUUUUGCUAGAAAAUAUAACUCAAAUAGAGAAGUGUACUUAUAUGUGCUAACAUACAUAGAAGGGGAUGAAAAUAAUUUCAGGAGGCAAUUAUUCCUGAUGUUAGUGAUUGUAGUUACUGAAUAGUAAACAUAUUGAUCUCUGUUACUUAUUUCAUAGACUAGUGCUACGUGUAAUUAUGUCAUGAUCUGUGACAAGUGAUAGACAAUUCAAAUCUACAAUAUAGUUAUUACAAGUUAACACUAGUAUCAAUGUACUACUAUGAAUUUGUGAACUUUUAGAUAUUGUUAAUAAUUUAAAUUAUCAUUGAUGACUAUAAGCUUUACAGUGUUUUGUUGUUUUCAGUAUAUUUGUGAUUUAUCAUUUUUGUUUAACGUGGCUGUGACAUUCUCUUCUUGGAUUUGAUAGACAUAUCUCCACAAUCGUAUGAUGCUGUAUAUUG